AUGUUCUCCGCAAUCGCACUUAUAAUCCUCCUCUAUGCACCGAUAGCGCUGUCAGCUUGCCCGCCGCCACUCCUCCUGCACCUCACCAACUGCACUUUCUUGACUCAUCCCUGGGGCAUCAGGUACACUGUCGCAGACCCCUCGCAGUAUCUUUGUCUGGCCCCGUCAACCGUCGUCAACAGUACUUUUGUGAUUGGCUCCGACUUUUGCAAGACUCGAGGCAAUCUAUCCACCGCCCAGUGCCUUUCGCUGUCUGGAAACACCUUCAAUAUCAGCGCUGCUGGGAAAUCCUACACGCCGUUGUCCCCAAGCGACCUGCUGGCUCGCAAGCCUGUGUGGUCGGAGAUCUCGCCAGAUCCCAUCUUUGCAGGAUCUACAUAG